UUCACAAAAUGCUUUUCCUCCCAGCUGCUGCUCUGUGCUGUCUGUGUUCAGCGCUGGUUGCCAUGGCAGCACAGCUGAUUCAGGAUGAUUUAACAUUGACCAAGAGUGCUGGUGGAAAAGUCUCCUUCAGCUGUCGAGGAACUGAGCAGUGUAGUGGUUCAUAUGUAUGGUGGUACCAGAAGAAAGACACAGAAACAUUCACAAGGAUUCUUCGUAUUCGCAUGAGUAGUGGUACAGUAGAAAAAAAUUAUUACAAUCAUCCUCAGAAAGAUGAUUUCUCAGCUGUAAAUAAACAGAACGGCUGGGAGUUGCAGAUCCAGACAGUUCAACUCUCACAUUCAGCCACCUACUACUGCUGCUGUUGGAAAUCUGGCUCCCACAACAACGUCUUGAUAUUCGGCUCUGGGACUAAACUGUUUGUAGAUGAGCAGGUAGUGAAGCCCGUGGUGAGCGUGUACCCAGCAGCAUCCAGAGCCCACCUGGAGGGGAAGAGCUCCCUGCUGUGUCUGGCCUCAGCCAUGUCUCCUCCUCUGGUCCAGUUCUCCUGGAAAAGACAGAAGAAGAACGGCCCGCUGGAGGAGGUGACCUCUGCUGAGGGAGAGCAGCUGGAGCUCAGAGAGCCGGGACGCAGCGCCUCCAUCCUGCUGCUCCAUCAGCAAGAGAACAGCACAUAUAAAUACAGCUGCUACGUCAAGCACGAGAGGGACGAAGUGGAGGCCCAAACAGGUAAUGAAGGCUUGCUGCAUCUGCAAAGCCGACCUACACCGCUGCAAUGAGACAGCCACUGACAUUUCUCACUGCAAAUCCAAACAUUUGACUCCAUUUCUGUUUCAGAGGUUCCAGCUGCAGCAGCCUCCUGUCCUCCAGAGAGAGAGGUGAAGCUGCUCUGUGUGCUGUACACAGUGCUGAUAGUGAAGAGUCUGGUGUACUGCUGUGGACUCUCUCUGCUGAUGAUCCUCAGAAACAAGGGACCGUCCACCAACUGCACACAUGCUGACUGACUGUUUCCUGCUCGCCUUUUCUCACCAUCACAUCUCAUCAAUUCAUCUCAUUGAUCACUUUGAUCAGUCUUCACAAAUGUCACUUAUGACGUGUUGUGGUUGUUUUUACAUUUUCUCUCUUUGUGUACAAGUUAGAUACAGUUGUGCUAAAUAUAUAAAUACAUAUAUACACAUUUAUAUUUACCUUAACAGUUACUUCUUUAGCUCAUAUUUUUUGAUUCCUGCUUUAA